UAUUGCUGGAUAAUUGUUGGUAUGAUAAUGGUAAACCGCUCAACGAAGUUAUUGAUUUUGAUAACGAUAUUAUUAGUGGACUCGAAGGGUGCACUGCUCACCGUAUCUGCUCACCUAUUAACUCCGGCCAUAAUCAGCACGGAUUUGGAACUGAAACCUGAAACGGUAGAGUACGUGGGUUUUCCACAGUCAGCGUUGAAUGGCACCGAAGUGGAGAUUCGAUUGAACUGUAUGGAGAGUGCGGACUUGCAAUUUGAUGUGCAGUUUGUGAUUAGAAGCUCGCCGUGUGACAAGGAAUUCUUCGAUGUAAAUCGUCAAGGGCAAGUGAAAGAUCUUUUGAACUUUUAUUUCGAUCAAGAAUACGAAAUUCCGGCUGGUUACGAUUACCAGAAGAUUUUAUUCUACAAAUCACCUCCACAACGAUUCAGUUGUAAAGAUGCGCAAGGCACGAUGAUAUUCGAUCAACCACUACCGUUAAAACCAUUAGAGGUACAUAAUGUGAGCACGCAUGGCAUGAAGGUGAAUCAGACAGAAGCGGCGCAUAAUUUACGUCUAGCGAAGCGAGAGUAUGCAGGACUGAAUGGAGAUUCGUUGGAUGGUGGCGCGAAACGUUCGUUAAGUUCAUGGCAUCCAGUUCAGAAAUUACCAUUGGAUGGUAUAUAUUUUUUGGUAUUGAAGUUUACCGUGGUGAAAUAUCCGCCGGUGGAUAGCAGUAAUAAGAAUGAUAAAUCGCAUAUGAUAACAAUGGACGUACAGUGGCGUGGGCCAUACGGAUACCUGAGUGCAAUAGAUUACCCAUUAUUGAGAUUUUAUUCGUUGAUGUGCGUGUUUUAUAUGGUGCUUGCGUUGGUAUGGUUGUCGGUUUGUUUGCGACAUUGGAAAGAUAUUUUGAGGAUACAAUUUUGGAUUGGUGCUGUGAUAACGGUGGGGAUGAUCGAGAAGGCAAUGUUCUAUUCGGAAUACGAGACGAUGAACGAAAAUGGUACUUCAGUGGAUGGCUUCAUUGAGGCAGCCGAAUUGGUGUCAUGUUUGAAGAGGACAAUGUCAAGAGUGCUCAUUAUCAUAGUGUCUGUGGGUUACGGCGUGGUGAAACCGCGCCUGGGAAGUACCCUAAAUCAGGUGGCUGGUGUUGGCUUCAUCUACUUCAUUUUCUGUGCUAUCGAGGGACUGGCCAGAGUAUCGAAGAGUCAUGCGGAAGCAGUCAAGCAAAAGCAGUUGGCCGCACUUCCGCUUAUAAUUCUCGAGGUGGUGAUUUUCUGGUGGAUCUUUACCUCAUUGAUUAGCACAAUGCGUGUGUUGAGAUUACGUCGAAAUGAGAUAAAAUUGUCUGUUUAUCGACAUUUUACGAAUACAUUAUGUUUUGCUGUUAUGGUUAGUGCAGUGUUCAUGAUAUGGACGAUUUAUAUGCACAAUUUACAGCACUGUUUGGUGGAUUGGAAGGAAUAUUGGAUAGAUACAGCGUUUUGGCACGUGUUAUUCUGUUCGAUUUUGGUGGUGAUUAUGGUUUUGUGGAGACCGUCGCAGAACAAUCAACGAUACGCAUUCACACCACUUUUGGACGAUUCCGAGGAUGAGAAUGACGAGGAUGAGUUGUUCAACAGUGGGUUUUAUGCGAGUGAGGUGUUGAAGCAGCGGAGUGGGUCGGUGUCGUCGAGGGGUGACGCUCGAAAACAGCAGAAGGAUUAUUCAGAUGAGAAAAUAAAGGUUGGUUGA